UGGAUCCCAGCCACAGAGCCAUGCCAGUGGAGUAGCGGACAAGAAGAGGUCUGUGCCAUCGCUGGGAGAAGAAACCAGAAUUCAGCAGCUCUCUGAGCAUCAUCCGGAGUCACCAAAGAAGGAGACAGACCUCCUUAGAGGCUCUGCUUCCCAGCCAAAGGAAGUGAAAAAGACACGGGGUGAUAAACAUUCAAAUCAACCAUAUGAAGCCUCUAAGCCACAGAAGCCGUUCCCUGGCAGUGCAGUGAGAGGGGAGCCUGUGGAGCAGAAGGGGAAACGCCGUGCAGCAGAUCCGAAGGGAAACGAAGAAACCUCGACAUCUGAGCGCAGUAUUUUAUUGGCGAAUCCAUAUUUUUCAAGCACAAGAUGCCCAGUGGAGGACAUGAUGACUCUGGAGUUUGUUGCCGUAUGGUCUAAAAAAUGUGUGUGUUAUGAAGAGUUAAAAAAGAUGGUUGUGGCAGCUUACCUUAGUCCUGGGAGAUACCAAGAAAUAGCUAGGAUGAAAAAAAGGUUUGACACUGACAAGGGGCUACUAAUCGUUGGCCAAGUAACAGUCCCUGUUUUGGAUCUACAAAGCAAACAACCUAUCUAUUAUAAAUAUGGGGUUGUGGACACCUACAGCGAAAUUAGAGAAAUUAGAUUAGAGCAUAUUUAUAAAUCAGAUCGACAAAAUGAAAAGGCUGACUUCCAUCGAGUUCUCACUGUGCCCGUAUCAGCCAUGAAAACUGAAGGGGUGUGGACCCAGUUUGAUGGCCUCUGCCAGUCCCAGUUUGGCUCUGUACCAAUGGGAAAAUCCAAGGAGAUGGCUAGCAACCUGAUCCUGCAGUUCCUGGAGGACGAGCUUCUCCGAGACCUUUCUCACCGGAAGGGCUUUGGGGAUGUGGAAAGGAAGCUCAACUGCUACAAGGAGUGCUUCCAAACCAGCACCAUUGGGGAUGCAGUGCGAAAAGUAAAUGAUUGUGACACUGACACUGAUGUGUUAAAGGUCUUUGAUUACAUCGGCACAUUCAUUGAAAAUGUGCUCAAAAACGUCAGAUUUCCGCAGACUACGAUUUCAGUGAUGGAUGUUCUCCUCUUUGCACUAUACACAGUAUUUCACCACAGUAUCUAUUUAAGCCCAGCGGCCAAAAGCAAAAUUGAACAAUUGGCCCAAAAUGUGGACAUGCAGAAUGGCAAAUUCUCAAAUCUGAAUGAAGAAAGAAAAAGGAGGUGUGUUUCAGCUCUGAAGCAUGUUUGCAUCCAAGUCUCCAAAGACUCUAAGAGCACCUGUUGGAUCUGGCUGCUUCCUUUGCUGUAUGCAGUUCAAAGGGAAGCCUUCGAACAGGCUGGGGACCCUUUAACUUCACAAGAAGUACAGUCACUGCCUUUCGAUCAGCUGAGGAAGGAUGAAGAGAAGCAAGCGACUGUUCUGGCGAUGAUAAAAGCCCAUCAGGCCUUCAUUGGGAGCUGUGCUCCCCUGGCAGAGAAAGUCACUGAGAUGCUUGCCCUGAAGAAUUUUUGUCGAGAGCCUGUUCCUCACGUUGAGAUGCCUGUGCAACUUCUCUUGAGCAGCAUCUACCAGCGGAUCAUCCAUUGCCUAGCAAAGGGUCAAGGAAUAAAGCCCUCUCAGGAAAUGGAUGUCAAUCUAGUUUUGGAGGACAUUGCCAGAAGGACAAAGGCUUGGCUUGGUACCAGACCUCUGACAGGAAAAGCAGAGAGUGUUCUGCAGCCAAAGGAGUUGAACGAUAUCUUGCAGUGCCUUAAUUUAACCUUCGUUUUGGUCACAACUUGCUUGAGACACCCAAAGAAAAUACCGUUCACCCCAGCGAUGACCUCUCUGCAGAUUUUUGGAUUGUUCUCUGGUACAGAAGGUUUACUGCAAACCAAAAAGGAUUUUCAGAACUUUAAGAAGACGAGUGGACUCAAGGAAUUUAUGAUUGUAGCAGAAUCGUGGAUCAUGGAAUUAUUGCCCAAACCACAUGACCAGGAAAAAGCCUUUUUUCAUGAUAUUGAUAGAUGGCAGCAGCUCUCUGCCGCUAGGCUAUUUUGUGAUGAGUGGACCUGUGACUGGCGAAAACUUAAUACAUUUUUGUUUUUGAAGUGGAUAAAAAAGGUGAACGCUAAGCACCUGUUUGAUCACUACUUGACUUUCAUUAACAUUGCCAAGUACCGAGAUACAGAACUGGAAAACUGCUUUUCGCAACACAUCAUUCAAAGUAUCCGAGAACUGACAAAAACCAAGAAGUCAUCACUGAAAGAAAUUCUUCCAAAAUUUUCAACGACGAGCAAGCCAAUUCGUGCACAAAUUCUAUCUAUUACCAUUGAAAAUAUGUGGACAGAAGAACUGAAGCAGCUAGAGAAUACUAACCAGUUUGAAAUGAACACAGCCAAUGUUCUCAAAUGGCUACUCACUUCCUCCAUGGGCUAUGAUAUUAUCUCGGCUGUCCAACAAUCGAAGCCCAAGGUUCAAAGUCUAAUCAGUAAAGAUGCACAUCUGCUGCUUUCCAAAGUGUACGAGUUGUUCUCCUUUGUGGGUCACAGUUUAUUUUCUGGAGAUAUCCCAUUCAACAUGCUACCUGACAUUCUUGAUCACACAUGUGCAUUUUCUGAGAUGAUAAAACUCACUGAGCCGUCUUUCUCUCCAUAUAUAACGGAAGUACUGGAUGUCAGAAGAAAGGAGUAUGAGCAGCUGAAAAAACGGACAGAACAAAGACGAGCAUUUCUGCAUCUGUGCGCCUGCAUCAUGGACAUCAUAAACGUUGACAUAGGUGCCAUGAAACAAGGUGUUGCCAUGAGACAGAGCAUGAAGGAUCAGAUGCUGGUGGAGAAAUAUUCCUGUUGUGGAAAGGAGAGAAGUGAGAGUCUGCAGUCGCACCCGCUCGCUAAAUACGACAGCAUGGUUAGAAAAGUUCAUACCCUACAGGAAAGCCAAUUCUUCCGGAAACUGUGGAAGCUGAAAGCGGAACUUGCCAAGGCCAGUUUCCCAGAUAAAACUCUUCUUUCUCUGGAUGACAUACAGGAGAACAUUUACAUCCCAGCCCUGGCCAAUUUUCGAGACACUUAUCUGGCCCUUAAAGAUUUUUCCAUCCGCCUUGGUGACAUUGAGAGACAUUUUGGAAAUCUGCUAAUGGAUGAAGAGAUACUCAGAGAGGAAUUUAAAAUCAUGGGGCGGAGCGAGGGAGAACCUGGCAGCAGGUCUGAGUGGGUCCAGGCUGCGGUGGUUAAGAUUAAUAACUACUUGAAACUCUCCACGGUGGUGAAGACAGCCAAAAUGAUAGACGAGCUACGGCAGAACCUGGGGUUUGGUGGAGAUUUUCAGCUCCUUGAUGACCUCACCAAAUAUGAAGACGAAGACUUCAAGGAUAAGACUCUUGGUUAUAUGACCGAUGAUAUUGCAAAGGUUAAAGAUACUCUGAGUAACAUCCCUGAGGGUGUGCUUGACUUCUUAAAGGAACUUCUUGAGUGUUCAAAGAAAGACUUUACUACUUGGAUCACAAACGUCAUAAAAGACAAAACGGAACUUCCUACAUUUGUGGAGCUGGCAUCCAUUUCUGCAGGAGAAAAUGACAUGGACAUUGACAAAGUGAGGUUCUUCCGGGAUGCUGUGUCUGCCUCUGUUCCCAUCUUAUUCGACCUGACUCCUGAAUCAGGGUUUGAUGAUUUUUCCUCAGCUCUGAGUCCCAUCAGAGAUGCUGUGGCAAAUGACAAUAACCUUCCAAAGAAGCUAAAAGAUUCCUGUCACAACAGAGAGUGGCUGCAAAUGGUCCAUGAUUGUCAUGGCUCUGUGGAGCGUUCCUCAAUGUCUCAGGCCAGGGCCAUCAAUGGCAAAGGGAUUUUUGUCAUCUCCACACCUCAGAAAUUCAAGCCGUCUCUCGAUACUUGCAUUUCACUGCAACUGCCAGGGGAUAUCACUGAAAAGGCUGCUCAAGGAGAUCAGCAAGACAAGAUGGAGUCUAGAACAUACAGCCUGGCUCAGCUGACUGAGCUGCAAAACAAGCUCAUGCUGAUAGCCACAAAGGCCGAGCAGGGGAGAGAAGAGGUGAACAGAUUCCUAGAGAUCCUGGAAAAAAUUGAAAUGGUUGGGAAGCUCUACUUGCAACUUCUCAGUGUUGGCAAUAUCCUUUUCAUCGAUUGGAAAGCUGAAGUUUAUUGUGACCCCGAACACAGAGUAACAAUCUACGCUGAGUUUGGAAUAGCCGGGAUCCUUGUUCAGAGCAACAAGCCCAUCCUGGAAGAGUUAGACGGCAUGUGCAAAGUCAUGGAGCAUUGCCUGGUAGAGUGGAAGAAAUAUCUAGAGACUCAAAGGAACACUUACAGCCACCUGAACAUGUUCACUGCACGCCAGCUCUUCUACUUGUGUAGCAAGUUAGCUCAACUGCAUGAAGGAGACACAGAGCCACAGGUUCUCAAUAUGCUUUCUGUUUUCAAGCAUGAUGUCACAGAAAGGGAUGUCAGAGAGGCAUUAAGAAGAGCACUUGAAACUCCUGCAGAAUCAGUUGAUAUUGCCGAGAGAGAUGAUCAGGCGGUGUCCUGGAAUGACUACAUUGUUAAAUUCCCUCAGCUCAUCCAAGGCCUGGUUGAGUCUGGGUAUAACGAAUCAGUGGGCAAGGCAGCUCUGCAAUUUCACCUGCCAAACGCAGCCAUUACAGAACAAAUGCUCAUGGAAUUCGCCUUGGAUUAUGCCGAUGAAGCAGAAAAGAUUGAAGACCUGAGCGAAUUGUAUGACAAGCAGAGAGAAGCCUUUUUGCAGACCUCCAUGAAGUUUAAGAACAGGAACAGAGACGUGGAUCCAUCUGCUUUCCAAAGCCUUGCAAAAGAUGAACUGGCCACUUCUUUUGAGAGUUUGCCAUCUAUCCACGCCAAGGUGGACUUGCUGUGGAACGCUUACUGCAGUAAACUCACUGGGCUGGUGUCGGACAAGUACAUCAGCCUGGAUGUUUUCGGCGAAAUGCUGAAACACCUGACAUCUCCUGAAACCGCCCUCAUUGAGAGGAAUUUACCAGUAGGUUUGGAGCCAGGAAAGCCUUACCUUGUGGCAUGUAAAGAGGAGCAGAUGUUAGUCUCCUUGCUAACGGUCUACAGGCACUCCGAGGGGGCACGUCUUCCAACGUAUGAUGAGGUGCUGGUCUGUACCUCCGACACAGAGGAAGAAGACAUUGAGCUGAUUGUGAGGAGAGCUCUUUCCCCAGAUUCCAAGCACAAAAAGAUCUACUGCUUGCUUGGCGCAGAAAAAUUAGUUUACAGAGUCUCCAAACGGCUGGAGUCCCUCUUCUUCCACUUUGUGCAAUCGUCCAGCAUUGCCGAUUACAGGUUUAUUAUCUUCUGUGAUGCCAAAGCUCACAGUUCCUAUGUUAUGACGGCCUUCGACACAUACAAAGUGUCCCUUUCCUGUGAUUCGGAAGUAGAAAUUCAGAAAUACCUGAAGACGCAUCUGAGAGUGCCCAGUGGGGUGGCACCUGUUGCUCAAGUCUUUGAAGAACCCUUUCAGCAGAACUUGAAGUUUGUAUUUUCUGAGCGAGCUGGCAUGGGGAAAUCUUUAUUUGUAGCAAAUACCAUCAGACAAGCCCAAACCCGACCAGAGAGUGAAGGGCUGAGCCACAAAACCAUUAGGCUGACGGAGUCAGAAAUAGAUUUUGGAUUUCUCCUGGAGGAGCUUCGUUCACUGGAACAGAAACCAACGGAGCCAAGGCCCAGGAUCUUCCACAUUGAUGUAACCCCUGUGGUCUCGAAAGGUCUUUACAAGUUUCUGGUUGAGUUGUGCAUUCUCAGACACAUCCAAAGCCCCGAUGGCAUGGUCUGGAAGUGCCGAGAGUCCCACCUUUAUUUGAUUGAAUACCUGGUGAGAGGAAAAGGCAUAAGCAGCACACGAAAACAAGAGAUGACCAGCGAAAUGGAGAAGGGAUUUGUAGAUCUCCUGCCAGCUGUGAAAUGCCUAACACCAAUGGAAGUACAAGAGAUGCUUAAAAAUAACAGUUCUGCAGCUCAAUGACAUAUUCAGGGCUGAUGCCUUCCAACGGUCAUAUCAGUACA